GGCGCCCGCUUCGCCUCUCCCCGUCCACGCAUCGCCACCGCGCCAUAUCUCCAGGAAGCACCACAUCGCCUCGCCCCCACCAUCCCUCCCCCUUUCAUCACCACCACCACCACCACCACCGCAAGCCAAGAGGCACACGGGGCACGCCAAGGGGGAAAGCCAGCCAGCAAAUCCGGACAAGCGGUCGCGGCCGGCAGGCAUGGGUUUCCCGGUGGGUUACUCGGAGCUGGUGCUCCCGAAGCAGCUGCUCCACCUCCUCCUGCUCCUGGGGUACAUCCGCCGCUUCCUCCUCUGGGCGUUCGACGCCGUGGGGCUCGGCGACCUGCUGGAUCUCGGGGACGACCACCACCAGGCGCUGCUGCAGCAGGACCACCACCACGGCGACGCGCAGGGGCGGGACCACCACGGCGCGCUGGCGCUGCCGCAUCAGGCGGCGGCGAUGCUGCUGCAGCAGCACCGACGGCCGGAGUUCCGGGCGGUGCCGGCGAUGGUCAUCGAGGAGGUCCUCCCCGUGGUGCGGUUCGACGAGCUGGAGGAGGCGCGCGUCGGCGGGGACUGCGCCGUUUGCCUCAGCGGCAUCGGAGGCCGCGACGAGGUGCGCCGGCUCAGCAACUGCCGCCACGUCUUCCACCGCGCCUGCCUGGACCGCUGGAUGGAGCACGACCAGCGCACCUGCCCGCUCUGCCGCGCGCCGCUCAUCCCCGACGAGAUGGCCGGCGCGCUCUGGGCCGCCGCCGCGGGCGUCCCCGACGCCUCCGACUUCGACUUCUCCUACUUCGGCGCGACGCCGCUGACGACGCCCGUGCCCUCCCCGACGCUGCUGCGGCCGCACGAGCUGCUGCUCACCGGCCUGGGCGGAUACCAGUGAGUGACCUCACCGCCCGCCCGCCUGCCGGAAAGCCCACCUCUGACUUCUCCCCGUGCGGAAUGCGCGGCAGCGAGCGAACAUCUCAAUCGAAGGACAGCAGCAAGCAGCCGCCGAGGCAGAGAAAACCAACCGGAGAAGAGAAGGGAGGCUCGACCGAAUUGUACAUAGGCAAAAUGAGUAAAGCGGCCACCCCCCAAAAAAAGGCUAGGAGAUUAGAUUCCUCUUGUGCAUAGGUAGAUUCCGUCUUCCAAGUUUGUGGAGUUGUGAAUCUUUCCGCGGAUUGGAUUAAUUUUGUUGAAGAUGAGCUAGGCGUGUCGAUGCAAGAUUUGGGCCCGCUCCUUCCCUUUUUUUUUUCUUCUGUCCUGCCAUGCUAUGCAGCAUGCUUGCUGGCUGGCUGGCUGGCUGGCUGGCUGCUCAGGUCAGGUCAGGUCACCCCCAGCUGCUCCCGUUUUUCGUUUUUCUCAUAUCUCAUCUGGAUUCUGGAUGGACGGGGAGGGCCUGGUACAUCCGUGAACCGCGGGACCUGGACGGCUCCGUUCCUCUGAACCUUUCCACCUUUUCCGUCUCGGACGGAAGGACCCAAGCCAAGCACGCGAUUUCCUUUUCCACCUGUGGCACAAAAUAUAUUUGCUUCAACGGGAACGGGAAAGCGCCAAGGCUCCAGAUGUUCCGUGGAUCCGGAGGUGCGGCCACUGUGGCCUCCCAUUGCUGUAACAGCUGCUUGCACACGGAUUCAGUACCGGAGAAUUUCCGGGUGCUGUGUUGACCAA